UUUAUCUCCGAGCAUGGGUUAAGCAUUUGUGUGCAUUAUCCAGAGUUCAGUGCUUCAUCCAAAACUGUGACCAAUCGAUCGGAUCUCAUGUUGCCAGUAGUUUUCCAUUCAGAUCUAAUAUGGAGAGCUCAGAUUAGUUAAUGAUCACCUACAGAAGGUUCUUAAUGGCUGCAGGGCUCGAUCAGCCACACAACGAUGAAGCUGCAGCCAAAUCUGCUCCUGCUCACGGCGGCAGUCCUUGUUUUUGGAGAUGUAGAUGCUGGAAAUGUCCUAGUGUGGCCUACAGAAGGCAGUCACUGGAUCACUCUGAAACCUUUAUUGGAGACUCUGAUUGACAGGGGCCACAAUGUGACAGUUUUGGUUCCCAGUGCAACAUUAUUUAUGGAUCUCCGGGACUCAGCACACUAUAGCAUCCUCCACUUUAACAUGUCCAUUUCUAAAAAGGAUAUUCUGGAUUUAUUUGAGGAGCAUCUGAAGUUCGCCAUGCAUGAGAUGCAUCAUAUGAAUGUGGUGCAGAAACACAUCACAUUUUACAAGCUCUUUUCUAAAAAUCAGGAUUUUUUCCUGACAUACUGCGAUGGAGUUCUGAAGUCUCCAUCUGUAAUGGCCAAACUGCGACAGCAGAAGUUCAACGUUUUCCUGGUGGACCCUGUCUACCCCUGUGGGGAGCUUCUUGCCGAAGUUCUUGCCGUUCCUUUUGUUAUGACACAACGGUUUUCCUACGCUCACACUGUGGAGAGAUGGUGUGGUCAGACUCCUGCUCCACCAUCCUACGUCCCUGGGGUGGGUAUUGAACUGAUCGAUAAGAUGGGUUUCUUUGAGCGUGUGGUCAGUCUGCUGUUCUCUCUGACUCAGGACAUAGUGGCGGUCAGUCAGUGGAAAACAUAUGACACUUACUUCACUGACUAUUUAGGUCGACCCGCUAGCUACUGUGAGUUGAUGGGCAAAGCUGAUAUCUGGUUAAUCAGAACGUACUGGGAUUUUGAGUACCCGCGGCCCCUCCUGCCCAACUUCAUAUACGUUGGUGGGCUGCACUGCAGUCCAGCCAAACCAUUACCACAGGAUCUGGAGGAGUUUGUGCAGAGCUCAGGGGAUGAUGGGAUUGUGGUGUUUUCUCUAGGAUCCUUCAUCAGAAACAUGACUAAAGAGAGAAGCAACGUAAUCGCCUCUGCUUUUGGACAGAUCCCACAGAAGGUCUUCUGGAAGUACAGUGGAGAGAAGCCAGACACUCUGGCUCCAAACACCAGAAUUUAUGAUUGGAUCCCUCAGAAUGACCUACUGGGUCAUCCAAAAACCAGAGCAUUUGUCACCCACGGUGGCAUUAAUGGUGUAUAUGAGGCCAUUUACCACGGUGUGCCGAUGGUGGGGAUCCCCAUACGUGGUGACCAGACUGAUAACAUGGUCCAUAUGAAGGCUAAAGGCGCUGCUGUUUUUCUGAACUUCAACAGUUUGCAGGCCCAGGAUCUGGUGGACGCUCUCAAGACCAUCAUUAGUGACCCCAGCUAUAAGGAGAGCGUCAUGCGUCUGUCCCGGAUCCACCACGACCGUCCCAUUCAACCUCUAGACGAGGCUGUGUUCUGGAUCGAGUAUGUAAUGCGGAAUAAAGGCGCUGGGCAUCUGCGUGUGGCCUCCCAUAGCCUGACCUGGUACCAGUACCACUGCCUGGACGUCCUGGUCUUCCUCAUCAGCAUCCUGGCUCUGGUCUUCUACAUCAUUAUUAGAACAUGCAGCUUCUUGAUCCGGAGAUGCUGCCGAACACCGAAGCACAAAAGCAAGAGAGAGUGACACGUUUAGCUUAUUGUCUGUUGCCUAUUUUACAAGUUUUGUUUUACCAUGAAUGUACCACAAAUGCUUAAUUCAUCACUUAUUAUUGAUAAUGGUCAAAAUAUCAGUUCUCCCUCUAAACCGUGUGUUUGGCACCAGCGCCUUCAGGUGACGAACAACCAGGUCUGUUUCUGGGCUCCAGCGCUAGUCACUCAGUUCAUGGGGUGCUAAUAACUUCCUAAACCAAGCUGUUUUAGUUGCUUGUUCAUGUCAAACUCUGAAACUGAGUUAUAGCUCACAGGUUCAUAGAAGUUAGUGUUCAGCCUUUUUCACUGAAGGUUUUGGGUUUUUUUGGUUGGAAACAACUCAACACUACAUUUCUCUUCCUCUGAAACACCCUCACUGACUCUCAACAACGUUUGAAAUAAAUUAAGUUUCAUUAACGUU